CUAUCUGAUGCCUUCAAAAGAACUAAAACUGGUCGUGAAAACAGUGCUUCUGUGUACAGAGGUCUGCUUAGGCAUUGGCAAUUGCUAAGAUGCUUGCCUAUCAGCAGCCACUUGAGAAAGAAUUUUAAAUGGUCUUGUGACGUCAAGGAAGCCCCAGAAAAUACAGCCUGGUGCCAAAUUACCUCCAACAUUGAGAGCAUGCAGUAAGAAAUAGAUAACACACAAGUAAAUCAUUUGUGCAGUAGCUAUCUAAUGAUAUGCUCUAGCAACUCCAAUAAGUGAGAUUGUCUGGUGUAGGCAUAGUUAAAGAAGAUUAACUUUCAGGCCCUCAUUUUCUAAUUUAUGAUUAAUGAAAAGCCAGCCUAAUCUAUCUGACAUCCUGCUGUCUGGACAGAAUGUCUGCGGGUAAUUUGGACAUGGCAGAAGGAAAUGCUUUGACCAAGUUACAACCUAUAAAAGUGAACAAUUUAAGUAUAAUGGAUAAAAAACUGAAUCUACUGAAUGAGAAGAUGGACAAAUUGUUGCAUUUCCAAGAAGACCUUACAGGCAAACUACAACGAGUUAAAGCUAUUGAGGAUAUACAAAAGGGCAUUAACAAGCUAACGGUAUCCAGAGAAGACCACAAUGAGACAGGUGAAAUGGAAAAAGGCCUGAAGCUAUCGGACAGUCCUCACCAGACUGAUAUGGACAACAUAUGCUCAGAAGUGUUAAAAUUGAUGAAGGUUUCUCAGCUUGAUGCCUCGAAGCAUGGGGAGAGACUGGCAAAGAUAGAGGGAAGGAUUGAUACACUGGAUAAAGUGAUUACAUUAGUGGGAGAAGUAUUAAAAAAUUCUAAAGUAGUGGAUUUUAUUCUCAAAGGCAUUGUGCCCUGGAAGAAGGAGAGUCUACUGGAAAGCCCUGUUGAGGCCAAGGAAAAGCUUGAAGAGAGUGGUUCAAAACCUAAGCAUGUACUUAGUAAUAGAGGAACACAGACUGAAAGCAGUAAGCCUUCUGAAGAUAGUAAGACUGUGAAAAAAUUGGAUGAAAACAGUAGAGGAUGCAAGAAGGUGAAUGCUUCAAGUGAUGUUGCCGACAAACCUGACUCCAGACCCCAGACUAAAGAGAGGACAGCACAGCAGAAAGUAGUAGAAGGUACUGGAAAAGCAUGGAGCUGUCAACAGCAAAAAGAUCUUGGUGUCAAAGCUUUGAAUCAACAUAAUGGUCUUCCCUUCAUAAAUCGAGAUCAUGUAGGCAACCAAGAUGUUCCUGUUAAAGUUCACAAUGUGGGCAGAGCCCUAUGCCCAGAUGAGUGUCACAAGCAGCUUUUUCAUCAGAAACUCAAAGAGAAUGAAAACAAACCUCCGUCACAGAGUAUGGCAUUGCAGGAAGCUGUGCCCUCCACAUCCCAGGCUAUAUCUGGCACAGGGUGUGAAGUGACACAAACCAGGAUAGCCAUCGAUGUUCAUAUGACUGAAGUGAAAGAAAAGAUUGAGAUGAGCAAAGAAGGGAACUCAAGUGAUCACAGAUAUAAAAAUCUCAAAGUGAAAUCCCCAUCCUCUUUAUCAUCAGAAGUGGAAGGAUAUAAACAGCUGCCUGAUAAAUCCAAACUUGAACAGACACCGAAGAAUAUCAGCACUGAAUCAAAUCAAGAAGUGAGAGAGAACAAGAAGCAAAACGAACUUGCACCAAAAACAGGGAAGCAACAGCCAUUAUUGAACAAGCUCAAGCCAAGUAAAAAGGCUGAAGACAAAUCAGAAUUAAAAUGCAAGCCCAUUGUUUCACAGAGUACCGCUGCAACAGAGCCAAAGAAAGAUCUGGGAAUAAAAGUCAAAAUCCAUCAAGGAACAAUAAAAGUAAAAGGUUCCAUGGCAGUUACCAACUCUGACAGGAGAGAAUCUGAGCCCCCCUGUUCAGUGGGAAGUGAGAAUGAUGUGGGUCAGUGUGCAGGAACAGCAAUGGAGAACGCUAAGUCAUUGGAAGCUAGCAAAGAACUUUCUGCACAGGAUGGAAUGAUUGUUGAUGACAGCCCUUCUCCCCCGGCUCCUUUUGAACAUCGCAUGGUGAGUGUCAAGCUAACAGAUGUGACAACGUGCUACUCAGUGUGUCGUCAUGAAGUCCUUGGAGGGGGGCGUUUUGGGCAAGUUCAUAAGUGCACAGAAGUCUCAACUGGUCUCAAUUUGGCAGCCAAAGUCAUUAAAGUGAAAGGAGCAAAAGAAAAGGAGGAAGUAAAAAAUGAAAUUAACAUCAUGAACCAAUUAAAUCAUGUGAAUUUGAUCCAGCUUUAUGAUGCCUUUGAAGCCAAAAACAAUAUAACUUUGAUCAUGGAAUAUCUGGAUGGUGGUGAAUUAUUUGACCGGAUCACAGAUGAAAGCUACAAUCUAACAGAGUUGGAUGCAAUCUUAUUUACCAAACAAAUCUGUGAAGGAGUCCAUUACUUGCACCAGCAUUAUAUUCUUCAUUUAGAUCUGAAGCCUGAAAACAUAUUAUGUGUAAAUCACUCAGGGAACCAGAUAAAAAUUAUUGACUUUGGAUUAGCAAGGAGGUACAAACCUCGUGAAAAACUGAAGGUUAAUUUUGGAACUCCAGAGUUCUUGGCUCCCGAAGUGGUGAACUAUGACUUUGUUUCCUACCCAACAGACAUGUGGAGCGUAGGUGUCAUCACAUACAUGUUGCUCAGUGGCUUGUCACCAUUCCUGGGAGAAACUGAUGCGGAGACGAUGAAUUAUGUAGUCAAUUGCAACUGGGAUUUUGAUGCAGAGGCUUUUGAACAGCUAUCAGAGGAAGCAAAAGACUUUAUUUCCAGACUACUUGUGAAAGAGAAAAGCUGCCGGAUGAGUGCAACACAGUGUCUGAAGCAUGAGUGGUUAAACAAUCUGCCUGCCAAAGCCAAAAGGUUCAAGCUUCGCCUGAAGUCCCAGUUGUUGCUGCAAAGUUACAUAGCUCAGAGAAAAUGGAAGGUAAUUAGCCUGGAAAAUCUACUGCCGGGGGAAAAUCAGCUCAACCCAGAAACAUUUUUAUGUGGUGGCUGCUGCUAACAGGCUGAAGAGAUUUCAGAGUAUGUCUGUCAAGCUUGCAUAAGGUUGUAAGAAGCAACUACCAUACCAGAAGAUGGAUGUGAAACUAUAGAAGAACUCAAUAUCUUCAAUAAUUUCUAUCUCGUAUAUAAUGUCAAGUUUUGCAUCUAUCUUUCUCAUAUAUUGCAUGUUAGUGCUUAGUUUCCUGAAAUGUCUCAAAGCACAGGCACUGAAAUAACUUAAGAAAACAGAAUAUACUUUGUUUUGUUCUUACAAGCUUUUAGUUGUACAUAGUGAUGAAAAAAUAGGAAGUUAGUGGGGCUGACCUCUUCCUGAAGGCUUUAUUGGUCUGUUUUUACCAGAAAAGACCAGCAAUUUUCUGGCUUCUCACACCAAGCGUGGGAUCUCUAAAGACUUUCUUCACAACUGCUGUGUACAUAAUCAGUUUUAGUAGACUGCCACAAGAAUAGCACGAUAUUUUCCCUCAGGAUUGUUACUUAGGCAGGAAGAUCAAACUUUUACUUUUGUGAGAAGAUAUAUAGGUGAAACUGCCACAAAUAAAAAUUAGGCAGUGGCUGCUGGGUUGCUCUACAAAUAUCUCAUAAUGUCCUGGAAAGACUUCCAGACACUUCAUUUCACAUUUUAAAUGUGUCAAUGCUUUUCAUUGGGUGUGACUGCAGCCCUUAGUAUUGUAAUUUUUGAGACUUUUUUUAUCCUUUUCAAAGAUUUUAAUGCAUUUUAUCUGGGAAGUUGAUAUGCAGAACACAUUCUAAUGCUGUUCAGCUCCAGAGAAAUGGUGUAUUGCCAGAAUCUGCUUUUGUCUCAGCUAAAACAUUGAAACCCUUUUUUCCCAACUUGCUCUCAAACAUAAGACUUCUUCUUCACAAUACUAACUGUUCAUAAUGUCUAAAGAAUUGAAGCCACUUACAAUUUCUCAACUAAAAGUGUAACAUUAUUUAUUAGACCUGUUUCUUUCAUUCCUGUUCUAGAUUCUGUAGAGCUCAGUGUAAGCUGAACAGGCUCUUUAUUAGUAAUACUUUCUGGUUUUCCUAAAACUAGUUUUUCAGUGAAGACAUCUAGCUGCUGCCAAGCUCCCAUUAAUUUUAUAGAUUUUCAUAUCCCUUAAAUUAGCAAAAGUGCUGGUUGCUAAUAAAGAGGAUUUUAUGAAUGCCUUACCCUAGCCUAGUUAUCUUUUUUCCACUCUAGUGCUUCCCACUUAUUCUAAUCCCUGGACUCUGGACUGGUGCAGAUUUUCUACUAUCAAGGCAGUGAAAAAUGAUUAAAAUCCAGUGAAGUUAUCUUUACAAUGUAUCACCUUCUGUGAAGGCCCACUUUUGUUCGUAUUUUCCUUCCACUGUGGUUCUGCAUGCUAAAUGGGUUAUAUUCUUUGGUCUGUAUAUUUCUGAGCUAAUACUAAUAAAUUACAUUAAAAGGAACAGGCCCAUUCCUCCAUUUUGGUUUAAAAAACAAACAUGAGAAAGCAUCUUUGAUUAGGUCUUACAGAAUGUAAGAUCUCACCCCUCUGCCACAUGUUAGAUACCAAUAGCAGGUGUUUUGUUACAGCUUCUACUGGGGGUUCAUUAACUAAGAUUUUUCUCUGCACGCCAUGCAUUUGUUUGGAGUCCAUUCCACAAUAAAAUUACUGUUAUGUUUCAAGACUCUCAUCAGGUAUGAAAUUGGCUUUUGCUAUUUAAAGGUGACUAGAAUUUAUUUCUUUUUAUGCUUCAAUUACACUGUGAGAUGAAGUGAAAGGUAAUUUGCUAGUAAGCUUCAUUUUACCACUUACUGUGUAGUACUUCCUCUAUUUUUGUAAGAGGGUAAUACAUAUAGCUGUUCUCUGCUGUCUUGUAUUUCCUCUCCACCUACAAAGAGAGGAUGCAUCUGGCUUGCUAUUUUGUUCUUAACAGAAACCUUUUCAGCUUCUGUAGCCACGUAAUUCUGCAGUACAGUGAAAACCAUCUCUGCAGCCUCAUGGGAUAUUUCAUAAUGUCUUGCAUGGUCUACAAAAAGCUAAAAGAACACCAUACACAGUGUUUGCAAGACACUGGAACAGUGAGUGUAGAAAAACAAAAAAGCAGGUGGCCCCAUAGGGUAAUAGCUACAGCUGGAAUCAGCUGUCUGUAUUCCUGACGUUAUAAGCAUCACGCAGGCAAGCGAGGAACAUGCUAAGAGUGAGAUAUUUGGCAGACCAUUAAAAUACUGUUGAGAAGCUCAGAUGGGAACACUGUUUAAAAUCUAAGUGCUCAGACAGGAGCUUAUUUCCCUUCAUGCAAAUAAGCUAAGGAGUUUCUGGGUUGUUUUGAAAUGAUGAUUUAUAAAAGUUAACUUGUUCAUACAACUCAGCAGAAGAUAAGAAAUGGGCAGCAGAAUUGGACUGACUUUAUUAUAGUAAUGCUAGUUCUGGACUGCUAAAAAUUGUGAUUUUCUUUCAAAAAUAGUUACUUUAAGUUGUAAUCUAAAUAGGUGGGAUGAAAGUAUAGGAUGACACAAGUUGCCUCUAAGACCUAUGGGUCAGGGCACUCUUCAGUUGAAGUUUAUACUCCUGAGAUAGAACAAAAAGGUCUGUGUCCCAGCUUCACUAGGUUCGAAAUCCUUGUUCCCUGGAUAUCUUCCACAGAUGAGUCCUCAAAAGUUUUACAUACAACAAGCUUGUGCAUAAAAAUUCAUG